GAAGAACGUUCCAUGCAUAGAACAAUAAUAUUUAACCUCAAAAUAUACAUAGCGAAAGUGUAAAGAAAUUUGACUUUAAUUUUUGUUAAAUAUAUCGUUAGAAUGGGAAAAAGGAAAACUGGUUUCCGCAAAGGAAUGCAUAAAUUUAAAAAACAAGCUUUAAACCCUGAUGAAAGGAAACCUUAUAACGAUAUUAUCAAAGAAAAUGACAAAUUCGUUACAUAUUACAAGACUCAGAAAGUGUGCAAAGAUGAGGAGUUCGAUACAUUCAUAGAAUAUAUGAAAACUGACUUGCCAGCAACAUUCAGGAUAACAGGAUCUAAAGGGGAAGCGAAAAAAAUGUUAGAAAUUGUUCAGGGGCAGUUUAUAAAAAGUUGUACAGAACAGAAUGGUCCAGAUCAAAAGCCUCUGGAAAUAUUUCCAUUACCCUGGUAUCCCGACAAGCUUGCCUGGCAAAUGGAGUUGACUAGAAAAGAUAUCAGAAGAUGUGAAACCUAUUAUAAACUUCAUAACUUUUUAAUUUCUGAAACUGAGCAUGGUACUAUUUCUAGACAAGAAACUGUUAGUAUGAUUCCUCCCCUAGUUUUGGAUGUUCAGCCACACCACAAGAUUUUAGAUAUGUGUGCAGCUCCUGGCUCUAAGACAGCACAAUUAUUAGAGCUAUUACAUGCUAAAGAUGAUCCUAUUCCACAAGGAUAUGUAGUAGCAAAUGAUGUGGAUAAUAAGAGGUGUUAUAUGCUAGUUCAUCAAGCUAAAAGGCUGAAUUCUCCAUGUGUUGCUGUUAUAAAUCAUGAUAGUGCUGUUUUGCCAAAUAUGCUUGAAUCACUGCCUGAUGGAUCGACACAACAGGUUUUAUUUGAUAGGAUUCUAUGUGAUGUACCCUGUUCAGGUGAUGGAACCUUGAGAAAAAAUCCAGAUAUUUGGUUAAAGUGGACCCCAGCAAAUGCUUUGAAUCUUCAUGGAAUUCAGUAUAGAAUUCUCAAAAGGGGCGUUGAGCUUCUGAAAACUGGUGGAAGGAUUGUGUAUUCGACAUGUUCUAUAAAUCCUAUUGAGAAUGAGUCAGUUAUCCAUAGGCUUUUGGCAGAAGCAAAUGGUUCCGUGAAACUUGUUGAUCCUAAGGAUAUGUUACCUGGAUUGAAAUAUUCUCAAGGAAUGGAAAAAUGGCUGGUUGGUAGUAGGAAUUUGGAAUUUUAUGAAUCUUUUGAUGAAGUUGACGAGAAAUGGAGGACAACAAUUAGGCCCCAGAUGUUUCCACCCAAAGAGGAAGACUUACCUAAAUAUAAUUUGAAUCGAUGUGUUCGAAUUUUGCCUCAUCAACAGAAUACUGGCGCAUUCUUCGUUGCCGUUCUCGAGAAAAUUGCUCCGUUGAAUGUGAAAGAGCGGUCUCCGAAAGUUGAACAGAAACCGCAAGAAGAGAGCCAAGAUGACAAUAAAAGGAGUAUAAACGAAGAUAAAUUACCAGAAAAUCAAAGGAAAAGACGUAGGAAAGAUGGAUAUAGGGAAGAUCCCUUCGUUUUCUUCAAUGACGAUGAGAAAGUUUGGGACGAUAUAAAAACCUUUUAUCAGAUUGAUCCAUCUUUUGAUUCGAAAUGUUUAUUAACAAGAUGUCAUGUUGGGAAGAAGAAAAAUAUUUAUUUGACGUCCAAUGGUGUAAGGGAUUUGGUAUUACAAAACCAGGGUAGUAUUAAGUUCAUCAACACUGGAGUGAAGGCAUUUGUUCGAUGUGAUAACAAGAAUAUGAAAUGUGCCUUUAGAAUAGCAAAUGAUGGUCUGGAGAGUAUAUAUCCCUUCAUUGGAGAAGAUCGGAAAGUCGAUAUUCCAAGGGAAGAUCUGAUAACACUUCUCAUGAAUAAUGACCCAAUGAAUUCACCUCCUAUACACACUUUAUCUGAAAGCAUUCAAAAGCAGGUGGCUGAUUUGAGUCCUGGAAGCUGCGUCUUGGUAUACACUGAAAAUAAAGAUGAGGCCAAAGAACCUUUCGUUCUUCAUUUAAGUGGAUGGAGGGGUACCACUUCAUUACGGUGUUAUACAACGCAACACAGUACAGUUCAUCUUCUCAGACUGUUGGGAGGCGACAUUUCCAAAUAUGAUAUCAACAAAUUUAAAAAACCAGAAAUGAAUGAACAGGAAGACAAGGAAGAUGAGGAGGAGGUAGUGGAGAAAAAUGAUGAUACCACAGAAUAAAUAUUCCUGAAACCUCCGAACAUUGAGGGCAUUGGGUGUAGUAUUCCCUCUGUUCACAUUCAAGUAUCAGAUGCUCAAUGAGGGAGGAUACUUCCACAACUUGGCUGCACUCUUUGCAUCUCACCAACAUUGGACAGGUUCUCCAAUAAUGGGAAUUCAUGGAAUUGCUUACCGCCAAAAUGCUCCUUUCAGGUUGGUUGCAAAAAAUACAUUUUCUGCAAAACAUACACUUUUUAUACUGUGGAUAAUAAUCUGUAAGAAUACCAGGAAUAAAUGUUAUCAACUCAAA